ACGAAUCGAAAUGGACGCGAUUGUGUUCUUCAUCUUCCAACUUCAAAUUCCCGCGCUUUCAUUUCUUCAAUCGCCGCCUUCCACAGUUUUCCUCCAAAUUCGGAGCUCCAAAGAUGGAACCAUGGGAAGCCCUUGAUCUUGAUUACUCCGACGUACACUCCCUCCUCCGCCCUUUGAAGCGUCACCGUAGUCCCCAGCCCCUCUCCCCUUCCUCCACCGCCACUUCCACUCUCUCUCUGCCGCUUCUUGAAACCUGCUCUCUCCCCCCUUCCAAGUCCCAACCCCGAGUUGAUAACCUCCAAUCGGAGUUGAGUUUGUCACCUCAGGCUUCACUUUGUCGAUCCCAACGGAUUUCAACUGGAUUAGAGGCCUCUUGUCCUUCCGGUGCGUCUACGCGUAUCAUUCCUGGUCCUGCUGGAGCGGUUCAGGUAGCAAUGCAGCGUAGAACUCGUGGUGAUCACUCUUGUGUCGGAGAUGAAGAGCCCGUUCCUACUCAGGAGUAUAUAAGGAGAGUUAUGGAGAAUGGGGAUGAAGAGGACGAUGAUUUCAAUCGCAGUCCGUGGGUUUGCGCUUUGGAUUUUGUCCGCAGCAUAGGUGCGAUGGAGGGUAAUGGAGCUGUGUCUGAAACUCCUUUGAACUCUAUCAAGAAUGGCUUCAUCGAUGAGAAAGUUGGUUUGGUCGUAGCCAUUAUCAAAUCCUGUACCUCAAAUGGUCUGGGUGGAAUGAUGGUAGCUUUAAAGGUUAGAUUUCCGAGUAUCCAUGUCCUAUACGGCGGAAGUAGCAUUCUAAGAUUUCAAUACUCUGUGGUUACGAAAAUAAGCACGCACUUCUGGUGCCAGGAUCCAACAGGUACAAUAGACGCUAGCAUCCACCAUAGAGUUAUUUCUGAAGGAAUCUUUGGGAAGGACUUGUCUGUUGGUGCAGUUUUAAUAUUGCAGAAGGUUGCCGUGUUUUCUCCUACGCGUUCUGUACAUGUGCUCAAUGUAACAAGAAGUAACGUUGUCAAGGUUAUCUCCAAGGACAGUGGACCUCUUAUAAAGCAUAAUAGCCCUACACCGAUCAGAUGGUCUGAUUUUAUAACUGGAGACACCCAUGGAGAAGUACACAUGCAGCAGAUGAAUUCUGAUGUAUCACGUGAAUCAACUCAAAAUAUCAUGAACAAUCUAAGGCAAAGUUCUAAAUUUAGACGGAAUAGACUAGGUGACUUACGAACAGGAAAAGGAGGUGCUGCAUCGUCUAGCAAUUGGAAUUGUAAUGAAACCGUUGGAAGCCGACAGUCCGUAGUCGAGAAAGAAGGGGGAGUUAUAGAUGUGGGUAUUUCUAAACGAACCCCAAGUGUUGGUUGUAACAUGGUCUAUGUUGAUCAGGAUCAAGGGAGAGGAUCGGAUGAGCCUAUCAACCAUCCUAUGGGUACAGAUUCAGCCAAAGAAAAUGGUGCUGCAUCCAGCACUGCUCAACUCCCAAAUAAUCAAGAAGCUGAAACAAUCAAUGAGAUGAAAAAGACAGUGACACGAACACAACCAUUACUUCCACAAUGGACAGAUGAGCAAUUAGAUGAGCUCUUUGAAUUUGACUGAGGUAAAGUAAUCUUGAAGCUUAUUUUCAGCACGUUUCAUAAGUGGAAGUUCUUGCAAAAGAUAGAUCCUCUUCAUCACUGCCCAGAAUCCUUCGAGGACGUGGAAACAGAUUUUUCUUCAUAAAUCUACAAUCUGUUUCUUUGAAGUAGCAACUGACUAAUAUUUUACUGCAGUUUCAACCUGGGAAUUUUGAGGGAGAUUAACUGUAGUUUGAAAGAGAUUUGAAAGUGACAAAUGCAAUGAACUUGAAUUAGGCGCGUUUAAGAGCAUCGAAAUCACUCCAACCUAUUUUUGAUAUGGAAAUUAAACUUUUGUAUUGAUUUUA